AUGACGCCACCGAUGCCAUUCUUUCUCAUCCACGCCACCGACGCCAUCGUCUUCUUCGCAUCAGUCACCACCAGCCGCCAGCGACGCCAACUACUUAUUUGGUCUCUUUCUUCUCUUGUGCCUUGCUUCUGUGCUCUGAAGAAUUUUUCAGCCUUAGAGAUAUGCUGUUUUGACUCCCCUGCUUCCAAGCCAAGGUCUGCUACUCGGAGAGCCACUAGUCCGAUGAGACGGUCAGCGAAAUGCUGGACAGAGGAAGAGCGCUGGCAAAAUGUUCUAAAUCCUGAAAUUGUGAAGGGACCCUGGACAAAGGAGGAAGUUGAGAGACAUGGUGCUAAAAGAUGGUAUGUUAUUGCAAAGUUCUUACCAGGUCGAAUGGGCAAGCAAUGCCGAGAAAGAAAUGCAUGGACAGAAGAAGAGGAGUCGGUUCUUACUUACUACCACCAACUCUUUGGUAACAAAUGGGCAGAAAUAGCAAUGUUUCUAACUGGAAGGACUGACAAUGCAAUGAAAAAUCACUGGAACUACACACUAAAGAGAAAAUCAGAUUCAUACUAACAUGUGGAUAUGCAUCUUGAUGUCUGGAAUGGUGAAUUAAGGUCGGGCCUUGGCAGAAAGACCUUGUGCAAAAACCUUUGAGCCUCAAAAGCAGAGACUCACCUAAGAGCUCCAAGAAUGAAGGCUGGCAAACCAAUGAACUUUGGGUAUUCAUCCACUUUACGUGUA